AUGGACACAGACACAGGCAUGCACCAAAACCAACACAACAACCAACACAACAACCAACACAACAACCAACACAACAACCAACACAACAACCAACACAACAACCAACAGUUCAAAACACUGCACCACAACCAACAGUUCAAAACACUGCACAGCAACAACCACAAACAGAGCAAGGACAUAAAAGAAGUAGAGAACAAGGAAACCAAGAAUUCUUAA